AUGACUACCACCAAUGAUAUCCCAACUAUGCAUAUCAACGACGACGACAGUCAUGUGGAUCAAAGCUGUCAGGCCAAGGCCAUGAAAUGUAAUUGCGACAUUGAAAUCAUCGAGUUCAUAAUUGAAUCCUUCUUUUGCAUGUUUCCAGUGGACGACUGUUACUGUCCUUGCCAUCAAGUGGGGGACGAUGAUUCCUGUGUAUCAUGUACGUGUUCUACACCCUCCUGUUCCUGUAUCCCUUGUGAUGACAACUCCGAUUGCCAAGCUGGUUGCAAGUCUUUUAACGCGGAGCUUCCCAAAAGAGUCUCCUUCCAUCCAACAAAUGACGAAUACAAGAACGAAGAGGAUGAAGAUGACGGCGUCCUCGACUAUGGACUGAGAUCGAUGAAUUUUGUCUGUUUCCAACAACGUGCUCAGUAG